CAUCCCGGUCCGCGUCCCGUCCAUGUCGCGGGCGAGGAGCGAUGGCACUGCCGCGCUGGAGCGGGCCGGGGCGGAGACGGUGAAGCGGGCGGUGCAGCUGGACGUGGAGUCCCGGUUCCAGGAGUCGCUGGUGUGUUACCAGGAGGGCAUCGACCUCCUGCUGCAGGUGGUGAAAGCCACGACAGAUGAGGCGAAAAAGCACCGCUACCGGCAGAAGAUAUCCGAGUACAUGACCAGAGCCGAGGACAUUAAAAAGCACAUUGAGAAAGAGAAACAAGAUGGCAAAUACCAUAAGCAAAUCAGGAUAGAAGAAAAUGCUACAGGUUUUGGCUAUGAAAAGCUUUUCCAUGAGUACCUCACUGAGAUUGUUUCUGAAGUUUGGGUGGAGGAUCCAUACAUUCGGCAGGUCCAUCAGUUGUAUAACUUUCUACGUUUCUGCGAGAUGCUAGUUAAGGGGCCCUGCAAGGUGAAAACAAUCCACCUCCUCACUUCCUAUGAUGAGGGUAGUGGGAGGAGUCAACAGAUGACUGUCUUGGAAGAAAUAAAACAGUCACUGAGGAAUUAUGGAGUAACACUGAGUAUUGAAUUUUCGUCUUCCAUACAUGAUCGAGAAAUCAGAUUCAACAAUGGAUGGAUGAUUAAGAUUGGAAGGGGUCUUGAUUAUUUUAAGAAACCACAGGGUCGUUUCAGCAUUGGAUACUGUGACUUUGACUUGAGACCUUGUCAUGAAACAACAGUGGAUGUCUUUCAUACUAAACACACAAAGAAAAUGUGAUCAGAAAUUACUGCUUUUAAUAAGUGUUUUCAUAAGCAUAAAAAUGUAAGACUGAAAGAUGUUGCUUGAGUCCAGCUGGUUGCCCACAGAAGCAACUCUUCUAAGUACUUGGUCCAGUACUUUUAUAAUCUGUAUGUUUUAGAAUAUUUGAGACUUUCCAGUCUGAGAAAACAAAACUGCAUUGUUCCUUCUUUGUACUUCUUCUGUAAUCUUAAUACAAUCCAUGUCUAAAUUUUAUCUUGAUUUGAUAACAGACCCUCAGUAGUGGCUUUUAAAAGCCUCUUACUGCCAUUUCUGGUUUUACUGUUGAUUUUGUCUUGAGCCUGUUUUGGAUUUUAUAUCUUUAACUAACCACCUCACAAUCAUUGGAAGCUGGGCUGCCACAUGUCCUCUUUUAUAAGCAGUCUUACUUAUUUCCUUUAAUUCCUGUAUUCUAGUCAUGACUACUGUUUUGCUGGGGUUUUGUCAAUCCUGUAAUACUUUAUUUCCCAGACUUUACUAGUAAUCCCAAAUUUCGCAUUCCAUUUUCCAAGCUCUUUGCCUAUGAACGUGAUAGUGUUCAGUACACAGUCAUUUUAGGGUCGUCUUAUGCGUAAUGGAUUUUGGACUGGGAAGGCUGCAAACAGCUGUAAUCUCUUCCCUGGCACUCCUGUGUGUUCGUUUAUUCCACGAUACAUGACCAUAUACCUCAUACCCAUCCUUUGCAUUAAGUGUGGAAAGGAUGUGUGACCCUCUCCCAGUCUGACUCUCUGACUUUAAAGUCCAAUGACUGGCUUUUCAUGCCACUCUCAACUGCAGUAAGCUAUUUUGCUACUACUAAGGUAGUCCCCUAAAAAGAAUAAAUUGAAGUUUUUUCAGAAGUUGGGUACCCUUAGUAUCUCAGUUGGUCAGAGCAUGGUGUGAAUAAUGCCAAGGUCAUGUGUUUUAUCCCUGUAAGGGCCAUUCAGUUAAGAGCUGGACUUGAUCCUUGUGGGUUCCUCAAAAUAUAAAAAGUCCCUUAACUUAAAAUAUUCUGUGAUGCUAAGCAAUAUGCUAUUUAGAAUAAAGACAGUUCUCCCUUGUCAUACCUUCAGCCUUUGGAAACCAGAAGGUAUUAUCAGAAGUGCUGCUGCUUUUUUUUUUUUUUUUUUUUUCCCCUCUCUCCUUAAUCAAGAGUUCUUUGUUAGCAAGAAUCUGCCUAAGUCAUACAAUCUGACAUAAAAAACAGGCAGUGGCCUCUUUUUCAGGUCCCAUCAAAAACUUUUCAGCCUCAGGACUGACACGUGCCUUACACUUUCUGCCUUGUAAUACAAUAGGCCUCUAUAUUCUGAUAGAUUGUUUCCCCUUAAUGUACUUUAUUAUUUCAUCCUCUGUCAUGUAAUGCUGCUAUUCUUUUCCUCUUGCUUCUAACAACAAAUCUAUUCCACAACAAUCAAUAAGAAAUGGAGCUGGUCUUUGCCCUGUUUUCUGGGUCACAAUUAGCCAGUGGUCUGCCUUCUUUAUCCUUUCUCAUAAUAAUGUUUCAGCUUGGCAGUGUUGCAUCAGCAAAAUGAAUAGUAUAUGUGCCACAGAGCUGUGUGCUAUUAGUCAUUCCCCAUAACAUUCCAUAGGAGCUCGCUGGUUUACUGCUGUGAUAGGAAGUUUCUAGUCACUUGUGAAUUUUAUGCAGUUGUGUACAAUAUAUGCCUAUUUUUAAUGGGAAUAAAGGUUAUUUUUUAUUAUUUGUA